AAAGACAGAUGUGAGAGAGAGAGAGAGAGAGAGAGAGAGAGAGAGGGGUGCUUGGUGACGGAAGGGAGAGAAUCUACUUGAGGUUUUAGGUAAUUGAUGAUUUCCCCAGGAAUAUCUUCCACCUGUGAAGUUCUCAGCAAUGCAGCUGGAGUCGUCGGGAACCUCUUCGCUUUUGUGUUAUUUGUAUCACCUAUACCCACAUUUCGGAGAAUUAUUAGGAACAAGUCGACGGAACAGUUCUCGGGGUUGCCGUAUAUAUAUGCCCUCUUGAACUGCUUGAUCUGCUCGUGGUAUGGCCUUCCAUUUGUAUCGCCCGGUGUUAUUUUGGUCGCCACCGUCAAUUCAGCUGGGGCUGUUUUCCAGUUCAUCUACAUACUGAUAUUCAUUGUCUAUGCUGAGAAUGCAAAGAAGGUGAAGAUGACAGGAUUGUUGGUCGCAGUUUUUGCAGUAUAUGCGAUCAUAGUAUUUGGUUCCAUGAGGCUACUUCAUCCGCCCAUGCGGCAGCUGGUUGUUGGAUAUUUGAGUGUUGCUUCUCUCAUAUCCAUGUUUGCUUCCCCGCUGUUUAUCAUUAAUUUAGUGGUCCGGACGAAAAGCGUUGAAUUCAUGCCCUUUUAUCUUUCUCUCUCAACCUUCUUGAUGAGCCUCUCAUUCUUUGCAUAUGGAAUGCUCAAGCACGACGGUUUCAUUUAUGUCCCAAAUGGGAUUGGAACUGUUUUGGGGGUAGUACAAUUGGCGUUGUAUGCCCACUACAGCAGAGAAUCAAGAGAAGACUCAAGACAACCCUUGAUGACAUCUCACAGAUGAAUUUGCCGGCAAUGAAAUAAUAGGAAGCAAAUAGAAUGGUGGAUGACCCUGUAAUCGGAAGGUUGGCUUGCAAGGCUUUUUUAUCCAAGAUUUUGCUCCUUAUUGGGAGACCGGUACCCUUCAUUGAUUUUUUUACCAUUAUCUUAACAAUAUUUGUUUUUAUUGUUGGAAAAUGUAAUACUCAAAAAUGUUAAAGAGGUGGAAGUCAUACAUGAUAUAUGGUUGUAGAAGUCCCAAAUUUCUCAAAUCCAGUCGGGUGAGAUAAUGUUGCAUACGGUCACUUUCUA